AUGGGCCAGCAGGACACGGAGAGGUAUAGACUCAUUCCAGUUCAAGGGCGCGGCAGUGAACAAAGGCGGGUACGCAUGGGCAGUGCAAACGACACAGUUAGUGCUCUCAGAUUAGUGAUCGGUAACAUAUCAAGUAGUGACGAUGACAGCCUCGAGCAGGUGGGGUCUCCUCGGACCCUUCAAUCUGGAGGGUCACAAAUCCUUUACAAAACCGCGGAACGCUAUCGACAUAUAACGCCCCGGUCGAUCUACCCUUCGAUAUCAAGCACCCGCGGAACACUCGCCCUCGAGAAUAAUACGCCACGCCCCCUCCAGGAAGGAUUAGAACACCCGACCUGGAGAUCUCCCCAGCUGGGUCAGUCUCCCCUAACGGGUCCUUUGCUGCCCGAGCGAGGUCAAGUGGAUCUAUAUCAGAGUGGCGUCGGGGGGACCCGCGAGAGCCAAGGGCGGAGCGGGGAGAAGGAGGCCGUAACUCCGUCUGGCUCUAAUCUGGCUUGGUGGAAAGGGAGCCUGAGGAAUGGCCAGAGAUUGCACAAUCAGUCUUUCAGCUGUGAAAAUCUUACAACGUCCUCUUCAAAGUUCAAGUCGGGCUCCUUCAACCAACAACCUCCUAACUCAGCUGAAGAAAAUAUCCAAUUUCCAGAAGAUGUCACGUUCCCAGACGCGGCAGAAGCUGAUAACUUCCCUGAAGAAAAUUUGUCUGAGAAUGAAACUUUAGCCAGUAUCAUGCGCGAAAAGUUUCAGGGGGAUGGUAGUAUAUACGACCAAAGUGUGGCCGAAGUCAACAUGUUGCUGGGGCGCUCCCUAGAUCUUGCGCAUGAGAAUGAGGUUCGCCAAAAUCUUUCUUUUAUAUCAAAAUAUAUAUAUCAAGGUUCUCAGACCGGAGACAGUAUAGAUGGAAAAUCUUCUUCCGAAAAAGGAAGGAAAAUAGAGAACAGUCGCAAGAGCCAUAAAGAGAGCCUCGAGAAGAUGCUUGUAAACCCAGAAUUACGACGUCAGUCUCUGAAAACAUUAGAAGAAAGGAAACAACACAAUACUACACCUUCUCCACACUUGUCAGAUACGAUUGCUGAUACAACUAGCGAUGAAUCUAACCAUCAAAAUUCUUUAGUUUACAAACCUGAUGUUGACGUACAAGCCGCGUCAUCUCUGAGGAUAAAAGAGUCACUCGCGACAGAUACGAGUAAGCCCAGUCAAAAACGUGUUCACAGAAUUCAUCCUCCAUCGAGAGCGGAGAUGGCUACCGAAAAUUUAGCUACGGGAAAUUAUUUACCGACUAUGCAGUCUUUCGAAAGAAACUCAGAUGAUAUUACCGAACCAAGUGAUGCGUUUCCUGAAGUUUUAACAUUUCCUUCGAGGAUGAAGAGAGAAGUGAUAAACUUCGGGGUACGCGAGGAGGUCGAACAAAUGAACAAGCAACAGAGAGAGCAAACAGGAGAAGAUAAACAUUACUCGUAUGAGGACAGCGUUAACAGGAGGCCACGCCAGGGUGUACACAGCACGAGAGGAAUCGAGGUCCCUUUAGUAAGACACGGUCGGGAGAGGUUGUCGAUUAUACGGAAAAAAGUCACGAGAAACCAGACCAGGAGUUACCACACGUUUUCCCCCAACAAGUACUAUAACAUAUUCAUUAAAAACUUCCCUCAAAUAUUUAAGAACUACCACACAAAGCUACCCAACCAACACGCCCAUCUACCUGCGAAACGGAUCAGACAGCAAGUUAAUAAAAUUAUCGACAGCCGAGGGACAGAUCACACCAAGAAGGAAGCAGGAAAAAUGUCGAAACCACACACUCCUCACGUUGCCAGGCUGGUAGGAAGAGGGGAAAAGGCUUAUGGCAAAUCACCACAGCAACGACACGCCAGGAGCAGAAACCGUGCUAAGCGAAAAGCCACGACGCGAGAGGUGUGGGCGCUGGCGGGCGAGGACACGCUGCUGCCCUGCGACCUCGGAGUCCGGACGCCGAGGGACGCCGUCCAGAUGGUCAUGUGGCUGAAGGAGGGCAGCCACACGCCGCUCUUCAGCGUGGACUUCAGGGAACAGGAGCGUGGAAGCCCUCAGAUAUGGCGUGACAACAGCUCGUCCACCGCCCGUCGUGCUCUCCUGUACCCAGCGGAGGAAGCCCGGCAGUACCGCCCAACAGACACUUUACUGGGAAGAAGAAUUAACGACUUCGGAGAAACUGAGGAAGAGGAAGAGGGGGAGGAGGAUACUGAAGGAGUCAUGGAAGAUGUGGGAGGCCUCAUUGUACGGGAGGUUGAAGUAGGGGACGCUACAGUGUACCGUUGCCGUGUGGAUUUUCUCCUGACGGCGACUCGCAAUGCCAGAGUCAACCUCACAGUUGUGGUCCCGCCCACGAGCGUCGGAGUAGCGUGGUGGCUUGACGAAGAAAGAGGCUCCAACACUGGUGGGGAAGUUGGCCCUUUCAGAGAGGGAGAUUCGCCAACCCUUAUUUGCUAUACAAGAGAUGGUGUUGACAAUAGGUCCAGUCAACAACUCGACCUAGCAUGGCAAACUGGUAUUCAACACCAGAAGCAAGAUUGCCAAGUUUUGAGAAUAAGAUGA